AUGGGCUGGACUGGCCUGGGACCCAAGGGCCAAGCUGUAUUCCCCUUGUACAGCGCAGGCGUGUGUGUAGCAGGGAACUGCCGCUCCUGUCCCUGUACCUACCGCAGUCUUCUCUCCUUGCGCACCUUCAUAAGUAGCAACUCCCUGGGGGCCGCCGGGUUCUGGCUGCUUGGGCCUGGGGCCACACUAGGGGGAGUGUAUGGCCCCACCAAUACUCGCCUAUGCUGCCACCUCGGAGUGCAGACCCCACCUCAGUGUGAGCUGGUGGUGGGAGGAGAGCCUCAGUGCUGGUCAGAGGGACACUGCCUCCUGGUGGAUGACUCCUUCCUGCACACUGUCUCCCACAAUGGGGUGGCAGAGGACGGGCCACGAGUGAUUUUCAGUGUGGACCUCUGGCAUCCAAAUGUGGCUGCAGCAGAAAGACAGGCCUUGGACUACAUUUUCUGCCCUGAACAAUGAACUACAACUCCCACUGUGCACAUGUUCUAGUUCCAUCCUUCUUUGAUAUGAGGGAAAGGUGCACAAACCUAGUCUCAAGGGCUGUGCUCUUCAAACUCAAUGUUCAUCCAGACCGAGUAUUACUGUGU